AUGAGCUACGGGAGCGUGGCGUGCAUCCUCAAAGAGGCGGUCAAGGUUUACAUGUACUACGUUAGAGCUUCUCACGUUCACAAGGUAAGGGCGGAGGCCACAAACUCCGCCCUCCAACAAAACCUAUCCCAAGGCCGAAACCGCCGAGACGCGAUGGCGGCGGCCGCCGAAGUGGGGGACGCGGCGGCGAGGCGCGCGUAUUUGCAAGCGAAGCACAUAAUGGCGCCCACCGUGUCGUCGGUUUGGGAUUUCUUCGAGACGGUUUACGCGGGAGGGACAACCUGCGAGGGAGUGGUUAGAAGCGCCGGGACGUUCUUGGGGGCGUAUUCCGGCGGAUUGGCCGGCGAAGGAAGGCUGCGUUGGUUCGGGUUCCUCAUCGGAAGCCAGUUGGGAAGCUGGGUUGGUGGGAGGCUGGGGCUUGCGGUUUAUGAUGUUGGAAUUGGAGUGCAUUAUCUUCUUCACCUCAGUAAUUACAAACCAACCAUUUCAAACCACAUUCAUACCAACUCUUCAUCAUACUCACAAAUAUAA